AUGGGAUGCUCCUUUGUCGGAGGGUCUAUGGGAAGACGCUGUUCACCUCUUUGAAGAUUAUACCGAGCUUAGCCAGUUAAGAUUCAUCAGAGCCUUGACACCUCCUGCACCAUGUGGCGAGCCCUGUGGUAUUACGUUCUCUGACGGGAGUGAGUGCUCGUAUGGGGCUGUGCUGUACUUGCGGUGGAAAUUGCCACGAGAUGUCAUUGUACGGCUUGUUGAGUCCAAGGCAAGGUUGACGCCGUUAGAUCAUAAAGGGGAUGCUGUAAAAGCUGAGGUCUGUGGGGCUGUUUAUGCUGCUCGCUUGAAAAAGUAUUUCGAGAAGCAUUGUAAGAUUCAGGUAGCAAGAUGGUACCAUUUGGUUGAUAGCCAGACUGUCCUAGGAGCUGUCCAACGUGAAAGCUAUGGCUAUCAAACAUUCUUUGCCAAUAGAAUCGGGGAAAUUCAAGGCAGCACAAAUGUUCAAGACUGGUGGUGGAUUCCUGGGCCACUCAACAUAGCAGACAUUAUUUCGAGGGGGGCUAGCCCCAAAGAGUUGGACGAAGGCUCAGAGUGGCAGCUGGGUCCUAAGUUCUUAAGGCUCCCAGAAAGUGAAUGGCCAGUGAAAUCUGCUAAGGAUGUUACUAUUGAAGCAAGAGAGAACCUCACAAGGAUCCAGAAAAAAGCUUUUGUUGCUGCUCUUACGAGGGUCAGGGCAAAAAAUGCAGGCCUGAAACAGGACUUAAAUCUUCCCUCAGUGGUUUUGCAUAGGCCAUCUGCCAAGACUGUUGCAAGUCUGGUCGAUAUCAAGCGGUUUAGUAGCCUAAUGCAACUAGUUAAAUCAGUAGCGAUGGUCUGGAGGGCGGCAAAGAAGUUUCUUCAUGCCAAAGCCACCGGAAAUCCAAAGUGGGAGGCAGUCCUAUUGACAGGCAUUGUCACCGUGGCCGAGAGAGAAGACGCCUUCCGAGACCUCUGUCUGUCAGCUCAAGAAGGAGUUACUUUCCCUACCACUACAACGGAUCGGUUGGUGGUGUAUAGGAAUGAAACUAGUGGACUGUUGCUGUGUGGGGGCAGAAUUCAGCAUUUUAGAGAAAACUAUUCGGCUGUCCCACUGCUGCCUUUUGAUACUUGGCUAGGGACGCUACUAGCACGUCAAAGUCAUCAGCAGGGACAUGAGGGGGUCGCUGGGACACUGCUUAGGAUGCGGCAGAAGGCUUGGGUUGUUCAAGGGAGAAGGUUGGCCCAAAAGGUCGUCAACCAGUGUGUCCUUUGCAGGAAAGUAAGAGCUCGAAUGUGCCGGCAAGUGAUGGGUGAUCUUCCAGUAGAGAGGUCAAGACCUGCCGCUCCUUUCCAGUUUACGACUAUUGAUUUGUUUGGCCCGUACCUGGUGAAAGAUGAUGUGAAAAGAAGAGUGUCCAUGAAGGUCUGGGGGGUUAUCUUCUGCUGCAUGGCAAGCCGUGCUUUAUAUGUAGAUCUGGCCAGCAGUUUGUCUACAGAGAGCUUCUUAAUGACCUAUCAAAGAUUCACAGCCAUCAGGGGCCAUCCCCUUAAGGUCUGGUCAGAUCCUGGGACCAAUUUUAUUGGUGCAAGAGCCUUGCUGGUGGAUCUGUAUGCCUUCUUGCAGAGCCAAGAUACAUUGAGCUUGGAGGAGUACGCUGUAAAGAAUGGGACAAGCUGGAUCUGGAGAGUGCUCCCUGCUGACUCGCCACAUCGAAAUGGGGCUGCUGAAGCGGCUGUAAGAAUUACUAAGAGAGCUCUUCAAGGACUGGGCAAGUCAGCAAAUCUUACCUUCAAUGAGUUCCUUACGGCCCUCCAUUUGGCGGCGAACCUGGCUAAUGAGAGGCCUAUCGAUGCAAGAGUCCAAAGUCGAGAGGGUCGCAUUCAGUAUGUAACACCAAAUACGCUUCUCCUAGGUCGAGCAUCCCACAGUGGGGACUCCAGGUCCUUCAAUUUUAACGACUACCCCUACAAGCGGCUCAGGGAGAUCCAGAGCCAAGUUAGUGACUUUUGGAAAGCAUGGUGUCAGCUUGCUGGGCCAAACCUCUUCAUUAGAGCUAAAUGGCAUACCACAGAGAGAAAUGUUGCUGUAGGGGAUGUCGUGUGGCUUUGUGAUCAAAACUCCCUGCGAGGACAAUUUAGACUUGGCCGAGUCGUCUCUGUGGCACCAGAUUCAAAGGGCAUCGUGAGAGAUGUUGAAAUUCUUGUUGUGCCUGGGGGCUGUGUGUUGGUCCAGCCUCAGAAGCCUGAAAUCCAGCACUUAGCCUCUGGCGACGGGAAGGAAAAGCCUAUUGGAGUGGUAUUGCGCAGGGAUGUCCGGCGACUUGUAGUCCUGUUGCCUGUGGAGGAGCAGGAAAAUUAAAACUCUUUAGGGUCUAUAUUCGCCUUGAAGUUCUCCAACCUUUCUGUUCAAGAACAAAAAGGUUGAGUGGGAGGUGUUGCGAUGAACGUCAUUCCAGCAAGUGGUUACGUCGUUCACGCAAGUGGUCAUGCGGAACCAAAGUUUACUCACCUGUGUGCACCCGAGGGGAAGGCAUUAACGGACGCACCUGCUCUUUAUUUUGGAUAAAGUCGGCAAAACGCAUUGGUAGCGCGACAAGCAAAGGGUCAAAUCUACACCAAGUGCUUCUGGAACUGUGCUGUGAUUGUGUACUGAAAAGUAGACUCUGAACGGACAGCCGCACUGCUCGACUGGUCCCACCUCCCCUCAAGGCACAAGGAAGACACAUAUCUCGGCUCUUCUCUGUCCUGGCACCUAAUUGGUGGAAUGAAUUCCCCCUAGAUGUCCGAACAGCUGAAUCCUUGAAUGUCUUCAAGCGACGACUCAAAACAUUACUUUUUCAGAAAUACCUGACGUAGUACUUCUGUAUUCUUACCCGGCUCUCUUCUGGUGUGUGUGUUUAAAAAAAAAAAAAAACUCUGCACUUCUCAACGGAGUUUUCAGACAGAUGGUAUUCAUAGCUUGGGUCCUUAUUGAGCUAACAUCGGAAAUUCAUCGCAGAGUCUCAAAGCACUUAUGUAAGUCGCUCUGGCUAAGGGCGUCUGCCAAAUACUGUAAAUGUAAAUGUAAAUAACUAUACCCGCGCCCUGGUCUGCUGGUUUGAUUGUGUCUUUAUUGUUACGUAAUGUAUUAAUGGCUCCUCUCAGUUCUACUGUUAUAUUUGAUUCUUGUUUUAACUGAUGUUUGAGUGUUCUGAGUGUUAUGUUAUUGAGGCGGAU